AGUCAUGUCUUGACAAGCGACCUUCGCGCCGGAAGGUCCACAUAGUCGCAAAUGGUGAUGGCGCGCCAUUGACUGGCUACUUGCUGGAUGGCGACGGUUCGGUUGUUCUCAGAGGAGUGAUCAUGCGCACCAAGAUGAUCCAAAUAUCUUUCACAGCGCGUCGGGGCAUUUCCGGUGCCUGGGUGGUCCGUGAAGGACAGCUACUCGGUGCUGUGUAUGCCGCGUAUCCUAACAGCCCGUAUCUUCAUAUGAUCCCGGUUGAGACGAUCUUCAAAGAUAUUGGAGACUUCCUCCAGGUUUCUAGUAUUAGAGUGGCUACUGUUGCAGACGUACCACCGCCUGUAGAUAGAGAUCUUGUCAUCCAACGCCACCCAGGUGUGAUCACCGUAGAAUCAGGUCUGCGGUCAGGCUCCGCUCUACCUACAGUGUCAGUCGGAAGACCACUAGCGCAAAUUCCGCCCACCGCGGGGACUUUCUAUCGGGCGCAGAAACGGCUGGUCGUGUUUUGCGAUGGAUCGUGGCUAGGCCGCCAAACCCGCAUUGUGGGCGCACCUAGGAGCAACAUACGUAUGCUUGCGGAUAUGGUUGGUGAUAUUAUGGACUCAGGUCUUGAUGCCAAGGAGAACCCUGCGAUGGUAUACAGCAUCAUCCCACGUCAGUCCAAUGUGGUCGCAGGGUAUCAGGAGGGAGUUGGCUCACAACGGAACUUCCUAGAUUUCGCCCGGGAUAGUACAACUGGCGAAAGACUCAGUGAUGAGUGUGUAGCCGUGUACAGGUUCAUCGUCGAACACUAUACUGACGACCAUGAAGUAUGGCUGUUUGGUCACAGUCGAGGCGCCUACACUGCCCGCUCCGUUGCGGGUAUGAUCAACAACUGUGGCAUCAUGAGGAGACAGCAACACAGACUCAGCUCUGAAAAAGUGGAUUGCCUCUGUUAUGAGAUUUAUCGAACCUAUCGCUCGCGCCUUCCAAACGACUCGCCAAGCAGUAGCGGAAUGAGGAGAUUCCGCCACAACGCCGACCAAGUGUGGCAGGUGAAACAGCCAAUUCGGUUCAUGGGCCUGAUCGAUUGCGUAGGUCCGCUUGGACUACCACGCAUGCCUGGGGCGUUUGAGCCCACGUCCUUCGAAUUCUUUGACCAGCACGUAUCUUCCACGGUGCAGCAUGUACAUCACGCUGUCGCAGUGCACGAACGCCUUUCGGCAAUGCCGUCAUGCCUUGUACAGGUUCCAGACGAGAAGUUCGCGAUAACUGCUGUGACUCAGAUGUGGUUCCCUGGCACACACUAUGACUUAGGACGCACGACGUUCAGGUUUGUCCCUCAACACCCAUACAACUACAUGGCUGAGAUGCUGGGCCUAAUACCAAAUCUACUCUCGAGAACGAUAUGGCCGAACGAGGUGCUGGCAGACUGUGUACUGAAGUGGCUGCUGGAAGGUAUGCAGGACGUUGAUCCAGUGUCUGCCACCCAGAUUAUCCCGGACAUUGACGACAUAAUUGCCACGCUCGACUCCCGCAUGGCUAGGCCUGUUCCAAACUCGACAGGUAGCGGCGAUGUCUAUGGUGAUCUUUUCAAAAUGAAGUCUACAAGCCGUAUUGCAAACGCUGUUCGCACAGUACCCAUGCUGCUGACCCGACUGCUUUCCUCGUCUCUGGGAAUAAACGAUUUCUACUCUAGAAGCCUGGAGCGUAUCAUGCAAGUGCUUACAUCAGUCACGGAUAGACGGAUACCCAGUAUUGCGUCCGACACCCAUCCGUAUCAAAGCAAAGAGACGGAGAAAUCCGGGGUAGUAUUCACCAUCAAAGAAAAUGCUAUGAUGGAAAAUUCAAAUGAGUGGUAUCGGCCAAGGUACCCAAGCAAAACCUUUGAGACUUUCGAGCUGUGGAACGAGGUGUUCAGCGGUAGUAGCAGAUAGUCUGCUUCAUUGAGCCUUGGCACACAUACAAUAUGGAUGAGAAGGGCUUCAUGGCUAGAGUCAUUGGCAAGCAGAAACAAGUGUUCAGUAAGGCUUCCUGCAAGUACAAGCAUGCUUGGUAGUCAUC